GACAGACGCUGCGUGGCGGCUACAGAGGACCGAAGGCCAGCAGGGAGGAGACCUGACCCAGAACACAGGCAGCGGCCUUACCUGAGCCAGGGGACCUGGGAAUCCAGAGCCGCUUUCCCGACCUAAGGGAGACCCUUCUCCCGACAGCCCGGCCCGAAGGGGUCCUGGGAGCCCCCUAACCACUGCAGUGCCCCCAGGCCUCUGAGCCCCGGGAGAGAGGAAGUUCCCUGCGGUCGCCAGCCCGAGUGGGGACCUGGCCCCGGACACCGCCGCGGCCAUGUCCAGGCCGGGCCAGGGAGUGAUGGUGCCCGUGAACGGGCUGGGCUUCCCGCCGCAGAACGUAGCCCGGGUGGUGGUGUGGGAGUGGCUGAACGAGCACAGCCGCUGGAGGCCCUACACGGCCACCGUGUGUCACCACAUCGAGAAUGUGCUCAAGGAGGACGCCCGGGGCUCCGUGGUCCUGGGGCAGGUGGACGCCCAGCUGGUGCCCUACAUCAUCGACCUGCAGUCCAUGCACCAGUUCCGCCAGGACACAGGCACCAUGCGGCCCGUGCGGCGCAACUUCUACGACCCGUCGUCGGCGCCGGGCAAGGGCAUCGUGUGGGAGUGGGAGAACGACGGCGGCGCGUGGACGGCCUACGACAUGGACAUCUGCAUCACCAUCCAGAACGCCUACGAGAAGCAGCACCCGUGGCUCGAUCUCUCGUCGCUGGGCUUCUGCUACCUCAUCUACUUCAACAGCAUGUCGCAGAUGAACCGCCAGACGCGUCGCCGCCGCCGUCUGCGCCGCCGCCUGGACCUGCUCGUGUGGCACCAGGAGUGA